CCACUGUGCAAACCUCUUCACUUGCUUUAGAGCUGCUGAACUACAACAACAUGUCAGGUGCUGCUGCUGCUGCGGGUACUCAUCAAACUCCACUGAAGCUUUCAGAGCAGGAUUUUGAGGCUUUGAAGGCUCAAUCCCUGGCAGCUAAUACACUGUUUGAGGAUGAAACAUUCCCUGCAAAUCCUUCAUCCCUGGGAGUGAAUGAACUGGGAGCAGAAGGAGUUGUCUGGCUGAGACCCUCAGACAUUAAACCUAACCCUCAGUUUUUUGUGGAUGGAGCAACUCUUGCGGAUGUCCGACAAGGAAUUCUGGGUGAUCGCUGGAUUCUGGCCUCUAUUGCAUCUCUUACAACAAAUAAGGAUUUGUUAAACCUUGUGGUUCCAGAAAAUCAAAGUUUCCAGAAUGAUUAUGCAGGAAUUUUCCAUUUCAAGCUCUGGCAGUAUGGCGAAUGGGUGGACGUUGUAGUUGAUGACCGCCUGCCUACAAAAGAUGGGCAACUGAUAUUUGUAAAAUCAGGUACAGAGAAUGAGUUCUGGAGUGCGCUGCUGGAAAAGGCCUACGCCAAGCUAAAUGGAUCUUAUGGUACUUUAACUGGAGGUGAACCAUUUGAGGCCCUACAGGAUUUCACAGGAGGCAUUUCAGAAGUAUAUUAUUUGAAAGAAGCCCCAAAUGACUUGUUCCAGAUAAUUCAGAAGUCACUGAAGACAAAAUCAAUACUCACCUGUAGUGCGACAAAUGAUAAAAAAGAAGCAAGUGAAGAUGAUAAUGUUGUUCAAGACCAAUCAGAUUCAGUACCUGCAACAGAAGAGACAUCUGAUAAAGUAGAAGUAGCGGUAUGUGUUUUUGCACCACCCGAACAAGCAAAUAAUGAAGCACCAGCAGAGGAGGUAUCUGAUAAAGAAUCAGGAACAGACUCAAGUGAAAAUGUUACAGACCCUGCAGAUCCUGGAACACAAGAGACAUCUGAUAAAGUAGAAAUAGCGGUAUGUGUUUUUGCACCACCCGAACAAGCAAAUAAUGAAGCACCAGCAGAGGAGGUAUCUGAUAAAGAAUCAGGAACAGACUCAAGUGAAAAAGUUACAGACCCAGCCGAUCCUGGAACACAAGAGACAUCUGAUAAAGUAGAAAUAGCGGUAUGUGUUUUUGCACCACCCGAACAAGCAAAUAAUGAAGCACCAGCAGAGGAGGAAACUAAAACAGAGGCAGCUGAAAGUGAAAAUGUGGUUACUGACCAAACCGAAGCUACAGUUGCUGAAGAACAGGAAUCUAAAACGGAAACAGCAGAGAGUGAAAAAAAGGAACCUGAAAAACAAGGAGAAGCCACUGAGAGUGAAAAUGUUGUUGCAGAACCAGCUGAGACUGCAGUUACAGCACAAGAGGAAUCUGAAAAUGUGAAACCAGCAGCUGAAAGUGAAAAUGUAGUUCCAGACCAAGCAGAUGCCCCAGCCGCAGCAGAGGAGAAAUCAGAAGAAAAAGACAAGAGUGAAAAAGAGGUAUCUGAAAAAGAAACAGCUAAAAAAGAGGUUAAAGAACAAGUAGAUUCUGCAGCAGAAGAGGUAUCUGAAGAAAAAGAAGUAAAAGAGAGUGGCAAACCAGCCGAGGAGAAAGCAGAGACUGUGGUUGAAACAGUAUCUGAAGAAAAAGAAGUAAAAGAAAGUGAAACUGUUGCUGAAGCAAAAGCAGUAUCUGAAGAAAAAGAUGUAAAAGAAAGUGAAACUGUUGCUGAAGAAAAAGCAGAGACUGUAGCUAAAGUAGAAGCAGUAUCUGAAGAAAAAGAAGUAAAAGAAAGUGAAACUGUUGCUGAAGACAAAACAGAGACUGUAGCUGAAGCAGAAGCAGUAUCAGAAGAAAAAGAAGUAAAAGAAAGUGAAACUGUUCCUCAAGACAAAACAGAGACUGUAGCUGAAGCAGAAGCAGUAUCUGAAGCAAAAGAAAUAAAAGAAAGUGAAACUGUUGCUGAAGACAAAACAGAGACUGUAGCUGAAGCAAAAGCAGUAUCUGAAGAAAAAGAAGUAAAAGAAAGUGAAACUGUUGCUGAAGACAAAACAGAGACUGUAGCUGAAGCAGAAGCAGUAUCUGAAGAAAAAGAAGUAAAAGAAAGUGAAACUGUUGCUGAAGAAAAAGCAGAGACUGUAGCUAAAGCAGAAGCAGUAUCGGAAGAAAAAGAAGUAAAAGAAAGUGAAACUGUUGCUGAAGACAAAACAGAGACUGUAGCUGAAGCAGAAGAAAAAUCUGGAGAAAAAGAAGCACAAACAAGCCAGAAAGUGUCUAAAAACCUCGCGUACACUGUGGUUGGUGCAGAAGAAGUGACCUACCAAGGAAAGAAAGCAUUGUUGAUCCGAGUGAGAAAUCCUUUGGGUGAUGUACAGUGGAAUGGACCAUGGAGUAUUAAUUCCGCAGAAUGGAAUGAUGUUGACCCUGCAGUGAAAGCUGAUCUUACACAGCAAAGUGCUGAUGGAGAAGCUUGGAUUGCCUUCCCGGACUUUCUUAAAGAGUACUAUAGGGUGGAAAUUACUAAUGUGCAACACGUAUGGAGCUUAGCACAUUUUCCUGGAAGCUGGAAGAGCGGGACAAGUUCUGGUGGCCAUGCUGAACAAGCAGAUACGUACUGGACAAACCCCCGCUUUAGGUUUAAGCUGGAGGAGCCAGAUGAAGACAGUGAGGAAUCUCUCUGUACAGUCAUUGUGGGUCUUAUUCAAAAGAACCGCAGAAAAGCCGAUGGAGAUGAUCUGCUGGCUAUAGGCUUCGAUUUGUAUCGUAUCCCUAAAGAGGUACUGUGUUCCAAACACCCUGACAUGGUCAUAUAAUCUUAAUGAUAAACUGGAUUUACCAAUGCUGAUUUUCUUGUUGUUCCAAAGAAGAGGUGGUUUGUUACUGUUACAUGCACUGGGUCUUAUUUAGUCAAAAUAACUAUUGCAAAUUGUUUUGAUUUGUAAAAGAUUUGACAGUUAUUGUUAAUAUGGAUCAAGCAGACCAGAAGAUAAUUGUGCCCUUAAAGGGACAUGAAACUUAAACAUUUUCUUUCAUGAUUCAGAUAGAGGGGCCAAUGUUGUAUCAAGGGCUGAAUGGCCUCUGAUGCCCCUGUUUCCGCGCGAGCCUUCGGGCUCACUGGAAACAGCAGUUAUGAAGCAGCGGAGACCGCUGCUCAAUAACUGGUCUGCUGCCUCUGAGGCUGCGGUCUGCAAUCCACCCGGUCCUAUACGAUCAGGCUGAUUGACAUCCCCUGCUAGCGGCAUUGCACAAGCAGUUCACUAGAAUUGCUUGUGCAAUUUUAAAUGCCAACAGCGUAUCAGGCAUGUCAGGCAUGAUACAAUACAGCGUAUAAUGUCAGACCGAAAAUGAUAAAUCGGUGCUAUAGAAUACAAUGUUAGAUUAUUUAUAAUUCAUUCAAAUGCUUUCAUUGUUCCUUCUAGUUUAGAUUAAUUUUUAAAGGUGGCCUGUAUUUUUUCUUUCUCUCAUAGAUUAAACUUGUUUUAGCACAAGAUGUGUUACUGUUAUAAAUGUUGUGUCUCCGUAGCGGCAUAUAUCUUUAUAUUUUCAGUAUUUUUUUAUAUAUAAAAUCUUUUUUAUUGAAUCUGUCCGUGUAAGUUUUCUUUACAUUUUUUAAAUAAUUUGUAAAUUUAAACAUUCAAACAUUUCUGUUUUCACACCUAACAUCUUAUACAAACUAUUGACAAUAAUUUAUUUUUACACUAGUCUGAAGACCUUCCUGAUGCAGAAAUAAGUAAAGAUGAUCUUCUGAAAACUGGAGAGGUGGCUUGGGCAGAAAUCUACAAAAAGCAUCGGGACAUCUCCAGACGUUUCAAGUUGCCUGUUGGACAAUACUUGAUUGUUCCACAUACUUAUGACCCCAGUCAGAAUGGGGACUUUUCACUACGAAUCUUUUCCAAGAAAUCCACUGGAAGUGUAAAUAACUGAAGUCCUGGGACAGAAUUAUUAAUCAAUGUGGCACUCUUCUGCAGCGGUCUAAACCUGUUUAUAAGGAGCAAUACACAUCUAGAAAAGAAAACUGUGAUUUUAUUCUGAUUUUCCUUCUAAGUGGUUUUCAGAAAUAAACUAAUGUAAUAUGUUGAUCAUAAGGCCAACUCAGCUUUACCAUAAUGGGCUCAUGUCUUUGUUUUGGUGGAACUGUGCAUCGUCUGGUACAUCUUGGUAUAUCCGAUUGGUUCUAAUAGCUCCAGGGACUGUGUUUGCAUGGUGUUUGGGAACUUACCUUGAUGUAAUUCACCCGGGAUACCAGUAAUUUAAAUAAACUUGUAUUAACAGCA